CAUGGCAGUGGCUGUGGUCAGUGUUGCCUGCGCUAACUUGGAAUGGUUUUAAAUCCCACGCAGCCUCGCUUAACCCACCGCACAGGCAUUCAUCAGCAAGCUCUACCGUGGAUCGAUGUUGCUCUAACCCCAGAGGUCGACCUGUCGCACAUACAGCGAGAAAUGAUCAGUAGCAGCAGCGUCUAUGGCCUAAAGAUGCAGUGGACCCCAGAGCACGCGCAGUGGGCGGAGCAGCACUUUGACAUCACCUCCACCACGCGCUCGCCGGCCCACAAGGCCGAGGCUUACCGGGGCCACCUGCAGCGCGGCGGCAGCACCUACCAGUACGCCUGGGCCAACGACGACAUCUCUGCACUCACCGCCUCCAACCUGCUCAAGAAGUACGCUGAGAAGUACUCUGGCAUCUUGGAGAUGCCCAGUGAGAGGGCCCUGCUGAACUCCUACGCCGAGGCCGGGAUGAACGGCAGAAAGGGGGAGGGCGAGGCCUGGCAGGAGGGGGUAUACUGCGUCCCCGAGGGGAUGUCCAUGAGGAAAGGAGGGGUGGCGGCGGAGGUGGCUGGUAUGUGCAGCUCUCCGUCCCCGAGCCUGGCCUCCAGCGGCCUGACAGAGCCUGGUUACUCCAGCAGCAGCUGUGGUAGUCACACCGCCACGGCCCUCCACUCCUCUGCAGGCUCCUCUCAGGAAUACGGCCACAGCUACAGUGGCUCCUACCUGGGCUACAGCUCCCAGGUCACCACCUCCCCGCUGCACAGCUCCGGUCUCUUACAGCCCCCUCCUCCGCCCCCACACCCCUCCCUGGUCCCGGCCUACAAUGGGGGAUCCUCCAACCUUUCGUGCUACAAUUACCCACAUGCCGGCUACCCCUCCCAGAGCUCUGUGGGGCCAGGCUACAGCCCUGGGGGAGCCCCCCCUCCAUCCUCCUACCUACCGUCAGGGAUCGCCGCUCCCACCCCCCUGCCCCCCUCCUCCACGCUCCCCGGGUACCCCUACCAGUCGCACAACCUUGGCCCCAUUGCGCUCACGCCUCUGAAUGGCAGCUCGUCCAACUCUCUGAAGAGAAAAGCCUUCUACAUGACAGGGCAAGGGGAGAUGGACUCCACUUAUGGAAAUUUUGUCUACGGCCAGGCGCGCAGCACCGCAGAGAGCCCCAUGUACAGGGUACCGGACAGCAGCAUCUCAAAUGCGGGCGGCGGAGGGAAUGGUUUUGACAGGAACGCUGGCAAGUCAUCUUUGCCGUUUAAUACCCAAAAGCAGCCCAUGGCCUCUGAGCAGUCUGCGGGUGGAGCCCUCACCCCUCCGUCCUAUGCCUCCACUCGGGGUGGCUCGCGCUCAACCGACUCCCUGGGCAGCUUCACCUCUCCCUCCCUGAGCGACCAAGGGGACGAGCACCGCCUGCACCUCUCCCACCUCUCCCUGACGGGGGCGACCUCAUCCUCCCGGCCCGCUGAGGAGCAGCUGAAGAGCAGCGACCCCCACCUCCUGGACAUGGUGACCUCUGAGAUCCUGCAGCAGGGACCCCCAGUGGACUGGAGUGACAUUGCAGGCCUGGAGCUGGCCAAGGCCACUCUGAAGGAGGAGGUUCUCUGGCCCAUGCUACGUCCGGACAUGUUCAGCGGCCUAGGUUCGGCCCCGAGGUGCGUUCUACUGUUCGGCCCCAGAGGAACGGGCCGGACGUUGCUGGGCCGCUGCAUGGCCAGCCAGCUGGGGGCGCCCUUCCUGCAGCUCAGAGGCUCCACCUUGGCCACCAAGUGGCUGGCAGAGGGUGACAAGAUCCUGCGGGCCUCCUUCCUGGUGGCGCGCUGCCGCCAGCCCUCAGUGCUGUUCAUCAGCGACGUGGACAUGCUGCUGUCAGCCCAGCUCAGCAACGAGAGCCCCGUUCACCGCCUCAAGGCCGAGCUCCUGGCCCAGCUUGAUGCGCUGCUCCUGGGGCCGGCCGAUGACUCCAACAACCACGUCCUGGUGGUCUGCUCCACCAGCAAGCCCCAGGACAUGGACGAGGGGCUGCGACGGUACUUUGGCCGGCGGGUCCUGGUGCCACUGCCGGACGGUUCGUCCCGCCACCACAUGCUGAGCCAGCUGCUGUCCCAGUCCCAGCGCAAGUACUGCCUCAGUGAGGAGGAGCUGGUGCUGCUGGUCCAGCGCACCGAGGGCUUCUCCGGCCUGGACGUGGCAAGGCUGUGCCAGGAGGCCCUGGUGGGCAUGCUGCACACCUCCUCCCAAGGCCUGGACCUCUCGGUGAGCAUAAUGCCCACGGGCCAGAUGCGACCCCUCACCUACCAGGACUUUGACAGUGUUUUUUGCAAAUUCCAGCCCAGUAUAUCGCAGAAAGAGAUCGACACGUACACAGAGUGGAACAAAAUGUUUGGGUGCGGUCAGUGAACCUCGGGGGGAAAGUCCUCAAGAAAGAGGCGUUGGGAAUUCUUUGACCUGGCUGUGGUGCUAACCAGAGAGGAAGGCACACAAGAGGGGCGAUGUAAACCCCCCACACGUGAGACCUGACACCAGAGGUGGAGAAACAUCAAGAGACUUGGUUGGAGUGAUACCUGAUGGUUUUGCAGGUAACGAGCAGAGAUUUCAUUAGGAUGCUUGACGCUGCUAAAGUCAGGCAUAGUUAUACACAUUAAGAAGGGGUCAACUUGAGAAGAGACAGAGGAGGACCGUGUGUAUAUAUACAUUUGUUGUUGUCCCCUAAAAAUGUAGUUGGCUAACCAAGUGCCUGUAGUGGUGCUUUCUUAAUUAUAAUUUCUUUUUUUUAUGUAUAAUGAUUUCGUUUGCCUCACAAUCUACAUUAAUGGCAUGUGCUGAUAUUAUGAGCUUUAAACUUCAACAGCAAAAAUUAAAAUUAGAGUUGCCAUUUUCUCCUGCCAUUUCACCAAGUAUCAACAGUAUUCCUCAGGGGGUGACAGGAAUUUGGACCCCCGAUCCAUACACUUCAUCUCUGAUCCUCUGUCUGCAAAAAAAACUCAGGAAAGUGUUUGUGAAUUGUACAGUACCUCAGCGUCAUCACCACACAAAAGCACUACAAUCCUCUGAGAGUAUUAAGACCAAGAUUUUUGUCAUUUAUAUCAUAUCUAGAGAAACAGUGUUAGGUUUACCUCGAACCUUCUAGGGGAGACGGUCAAGGAGAUGAAAAUGAAUGUAACCAGAUUUAGUUCUGGAACGACGGGACAAAUAAGUCAAUAUGGAGAUUUCUCUUUUUCUUUUCCGAAGGUGCUUAAAUGAAGAAUUUGGCGAUGAGUUCAGUUUCCAUUUUAAGGUUUUUAGAAAAUGCGAUGCCCGAGUGUGUUUUUCUGAUCCCGAGUUGUGUAUUGAUUGAAUCAAGAGAGUUGUUCCCCUGAUGUUUUAAGGGGGUGCUGAUGACCACGUAUAGUGGCUUAUGUGAAUGUUAGGGGAAGGUGGUCAACACCGAACAACUCUUUAGAUGGAACGAUGAACUUCAGUUGCUAUUGUGUGUUAUCACAGGAAGCCAUAGAAUUACUGUAAUUGACGAUGAAGCAGAAACGCCACCAAAUGAGAAAAAAAAGCAAACGGUGCCGUGACACAGUGUGUGAUUCCGUAUUUCCCAAAAUAAAAUGCAACUUUAAGAUCACAUACUUUCUGUUCUACCUCAGUUGGUUUCAACUCAUCUAGGAGGCAGCAGAACAGUCUCAGAUCCAAAAUGGCCAAAUGCUAAUUACUGCUAUAUGUCAGCCAGUCGAGUCGGUUUGAAUGAGAAAAGGCUGCCAGCUUUAUUCAUCACCGAGGUCAGAGGUUCAGCACCAGGGGCUCAAUUCCAAACCUGUUUUCAGUUCCUUACCAGUGGUCCUCAUUGGCUUAUCCAGGUACAGAUCUGACGUGAUAAGACUGUCCACAACACUAUGGCUAUAAUGAUUGAACUCUGGAAUGCUCUGGAGAUUUUCGGUCAUAUUGCUAACACCUAUCCAGUUGUGUCAUAUCUGCAAGGAGACUCAACAAGGGCUUGCGGGUAGGAGCUAGGUAUUGUUUAAGGUAUUUGGCCAAUCGCAUCCUCAUUGUAUUGUAUGUACACACAUUACCCCAAGCACAUGGUCAGGGUGGAUAUACCACUAAUUGGACACUCAUCCUGGCUCUUAAAGGCCCAGUACAGUCAAAAACGUGAUUUACCUGUGUUUUAUAUAUAUUUCCACACUAUGAGGUUGGAAUAAUAUGAAAAUUCUGAUAAAGUAAUUUUAGUGUACGAGCUAUUUGAAAAGACUGCCUGAAAUUUCUGCCUGUUUUGGUGGAAUGGAGAUUUGGCCAUUCAUGGUGAUAUCACCAUUCGGUAAAUUAGUUAAUAGACCAAUAAGAAAGAGGGUUCCAAACCUCUCUGCCAAUAACAGCACACCACUCAGACCACUCCCAGAAUGUCCUAGCAAAAUUAUUGCUUUAGAAAUUGCCCUUUGCUGAGAAGCUAUAUAUAUAUAUAUAU